UGGGAAGCUAAAGUAGGCUUAGAAGUUCAUGCCCAAAUUAACACAUCAUGCAAAUUAUUUUCAUCCUCUCCUGUUCAAUUUUAUGCUCCUCCCAAUACCUUGGUUUCAUACGUUGAUGCUGCACUUCCUGGAACUUUACCGGUGCUUAAUAGAGAAUGUGUCAAAGCUGGAGUAGCUACGGCUCUUGCUCUUUCCUUUAAAAUUAAUCGUAGAUCUUAUUUUGACCGGAAGCACUAUUUCUAUUGUGACCUACCGGCCGGCUACCAAAUCACUCAGCAACGGGUUCCAUUAGGAGUAGAUGGUGGAUUAACUUCUUAUGUCGUAAGUCCAAGAAAGGUCAAUCAUUUAAUUGAUGGCACUUUUAUGCCUCGUAAGACUUUAUCGGUUCGAUUAAAGCAAAUUCAUCUGGAACAAGAUAGUGGUCGUAGUAUUUAUGAUGGUUACGGCCGUCAGACUCUAGUUGAUCUAAAUAGAGCAGGUAUUGGCUUAAUGGAAAUUGUAACAGAAUGCGACUUCGGAUGUGGUCAGGAAGCUGUUGGCUUUGUCAAAGAGUUACUUGCAGUUUUACGUAGUAUAAAUACUUGUACUGGCAAUUUUGAUGAGGGAGCUAUUCGUGUCGAUGCAAAUGUUUCUAUAAAUCGAUCAGGUGAUCCAUUUGGUACUCGGACAGAAAUUAAAAAUAUUUCUGGUUUAAGACUGUUAGGAAAAGCUAUAGAUAAUGAAAUAGAACGUCAGAUUAAUCAUGUAGAAUCUGGUGGUAAGAUCGUCCACGAAACAAGAGGCUACGAUGAAAAAUUAGGGUUAACACUACGCAUGAGAGAUAAAGAAGGUCACAAAGAUUACAGGUAUAUUCCUGAACCUGAUUUACCCCCAUUGGUCCUCUUGCAUCAGGAAGAUUGUACUGAGUUACCCGAUGAUGACCCUUGGAAGCCUGUUAAUAUACAUACCGUUUUAAAGUCAAUGCCUAUAUUACCUGCAGAAAUUCGCGCUAAUUUGAUGGAUUCAUAUGGUAUUAUAUACGGCAUAAGAUGUUAA